AAGAAGAAAAACGAAGAUGUCCCACCCUCUCGAUUAUUAGCGGUGGCUAAAAUUUCGUCGAGAAAGAAGUAACAUUGGAACAACCACAGGAAUUAAAUUUUACAGCCAACGCUUUUUCUGACAUGGUGAAGAUGUCCAGCUGCGAAUGAAUGUAACAGCUUCUCGGAGUCGGCAUUGCUUGGAGAGAUGGCCUAGAGAUGUGAAGAGUUAGAACCCUUUGUCCCACACAAGAUCUCAGCUACUGCAAGGCGUGCAGUGCAGUGUCCACAUAUUCAUUAUUCUGUUGGCUUGUAGUGCGCCACAGACACAUAGAAAACACUACUGUCACAGUCACUCCUCCAUAAAGACUUAAGACACAUUAAGAUGCCUUUAGGACUGGGCCGAAGAAAGAAGGCUUCUCCACUAGUCGAGAAUGAAGAGGCAGAGCCUGUGAGAGCGGGCAUGAACGUGCCAGGUCUGGAUGGCAUGGACGGAGUAGGCGGCGGGCUCGGGGAAGCUACCGCCCAGGAGGGUCUUCCACCCCCGCCCACCAGCCUUCGCCCACGACUCAUCUUCCACACUCAGCUAGCUCACGGGAGCCCCACGGGGCGAAUCGAGGGAUUCAGCAAUGUCCGGGAACUCUACGCCAAGAUAGGCGAGGCCUUUGGGAUACCCCCUGCUGAGGUGAUGUUUUGCACACUGAACACGCAUAAGGUGGACAUGGAGAAGCUGCUGGGGGGCCAGAUCGGGCUGGAGGACUUUAUCUUUGCGCACGUGAAGGGCCAGCGCAAAGAGGUGGAGGUGUACAAGGGGGAGGACGCCCUGGGACUCACCAUCACCGACAACGGAGCUGGCUACGCCUUUAUCAAGAGAAUAAGAGAAGGCAGCGUGAUCCACCAGAUUCAGGUCAUCAACGUUGGGGACAUGAUCGAGUCCAUCAACGGCCACAUGCUGAUUGGCUGUCGACAUUACGAGGUUGCCAAGAUGCUCAAGGAGCUGCCCAGGGCCAAGAACUUUGUCCUCAAACUGGUGGAACCCUUAAAGGCUUUCGAUAUGAUCAGCCAAAGGGGUGGCUCUAGGUCGGGGGUUCAGCUUGGCACUGGGAGAGGUACGCUGCGUCUCAGAUCCAAAGGACCUGCCACUGUGGAGGAACUGCCGUCUGCGUUUGAGGAGAAGGCCAUUGAGAAGGUGGAUGACCUGCUGGAGAGUUACAUGGGGAUCCGAGACAGUGAGCUCGCGGCCACCAUGGUGGAGCUGGGUAAAGACAAGAAGAACCCAGAUGAGUUUGCUGAGGCGCUAGACGAGACGCUGGGAGACUUUGCCUUCCCGGACGAGUUUGUGUUCGACGUGUGGGGUGCCAUCGGAGAUGCGAAGGUCGGCCGAGUGUGAGGGUGGGGGGUGGGGGGGGGGUUGGUCAUGCGGUGACCGGACGGGCAGGCAGGGAGCAGGUAUUGGAAGGAAGUAGAGAUGCUUGUCUCUGUUAUGCUGUAGCGGUGUGCGUGUAUGAAGAAUUGCUACUAGGAAGUCGCUCCAGUAUAGUAACUCUUAUGAAUAUUUGUUGGCUCUCUCUUUGAUGAGUUGGCUCUCUCUCUAUCCGCGUGCGUCGCCUUUCUAUCUGAUGGGAGCACGGUCCAUUUGGGAGGGUAUAUGUGGGAGCUUGUUACCACUGUAUGGGAGAGUUGUCUCUGGCCCUUUAACACCACUUUAUCUAUCUGCCUUUUUUCUUUCUUUUUUCUUUCUUUUUUUUCUUCUUCUUCUUCUUCCUCUUCUUCUUCUUCUUCUGGUUUUUAAAUUCCAAGCCAUUUGUGGCUGACGUGAUGUCGGUUGAGAGCAUGAAGUUGUCUCUUGUUUGUUUUAUCUCAAACUGUGUUUGAUGCAUACCAUACAGUAACUUGGGUGACCAGUUAAUUCUAAUCCAUUCCCACUCCACAACCCCAUCUUUUUAAAAGCAUCAUUUUGUGUCUAAUCAAAAGCAAAAUGCAGAAAGAGACACGAAAAGAUGUGAAUUGCUCUAGGGAGGCGUUGUUGGGCCUUGGAUGCUGGCUUCUACAAACUGUGACUUGUUCCAUUUUAUCUUCCAUUUUAUUCCUUGUUUUCCCCCUUUUGUACGUUUUGCACUCACACAGCGCUGUACAAGCUGCACUGCUGCUGCUCUCCAUGCUAACCCGCACUGCACUCUACUGCACUAAACACCAUACCACUGCACACACCACACCACACAACACAACACCAUACCACUGCACACAACACCAUACCACUGCACACACCACCGCACACAACACACCACACCACACAACAUCAUACCACUGCACACAACACACAACACCACACCACACCACACCAUACCACACCACACCACAUUAUACCACUGCACA